UGUUUGCGUAUAAGAGAGAGAGAGAGGCAAAGCCUAACAAAUCUGAGAGAAUUUGCAGUAUUUCUCAGUGUUUCUCAGAUUUGGCUUCAGUGAGAGACUUCAGUCCUUCUCUCUUAAAUCUUAAUCCCCUUUCUAGAGAGAGAAACCACACAAAGAAAAGGAAAUAGAAUGCCAGGGAGUUUAGAGCCGUUGGAUGUGGGAGUACAGAUACCUUAUCAUUUCAGGUGCCCGAUCUCGCUUGAACUGAUGCGUGACCCCGUCACGGUUAGCACGGGCCAGACCUACGACCGCGCCAGCAUCGAGUCGUGGGUGGCUACUGGCAACACGACAUGCCCGGUGACUCGUGUACAGCUCAUGGAUUUCACGCUCAUACCAAACCACAACCUUCGCCGACUUAUCCAGGACUGGUGCGUCGCCAACCGUGCUUUUGGUGUGGAGCGGAUACCGACGCCGAAACAACCGGCUGAGCCUGCUCUGGUUCGUUCCUUGUUGAACCAGCUAGCGUCCAGGUCGAAUUCGAAGCAGUCUCGCCUCACUGCGGUUCGACGACUCAGGGGGCUUGCGCGUGACUCGGAUAAGAAUCGGUCCUUGAUUUUAGCGCAUAACGUACGUGAUAUCCUUGUCGAUCUCGUGUUCUCUAAUACCGAUUCUGAUUCCGAUUCGUCGGAGUUGAAUCAAGAGUCGCUCGCGCUUCUCGUGAUGUUUCCACUGAGUGAAACCGAGUGCGUGUGCAUCGCUUCCGAGCCAGACAGGAUAGGCUACCUAUCACAUCUAUUGUUCCACAACUCAAUCGAAGUCCGAGUCAACUCAGCAGCUCUGAUAGAAAUCGUCGUCGCCGGGACCAGAUCUUCAGAUCUUCGCGCACAAAUCAGCAAUGUAGACGAUAUCUAUGAAGGAGUAAUCGAAUUAUUGAAGAAUCCGAUAUCCUCCUACCCUCGCGCGUUGAAAGUAGGCAUCAAGGCCUUGUUCGCUUUGUGUUUGGUAAAGCAGACAAGGCACAAGGCCGUUUCAGCCGGAGCUCCUGAAGCGUUAAUCGAUAGAUUAGCCGAUUUCGAUAAAUGUGAUGCAGAGCGAGCUCUGGCCACGGUAGAACUCCUAUGCAGGGUACCGGCAGGAUGCGCCGCCUUCUCCGCUCACGCGCUCACCGUCCCUCUGCUGGUGAAAACAAUCCUAAAGAUCUCAGAGCGUGCGACAGAGUACGCUGCGGGAGCGCUCUUGUCGCUAUGCUCAGCAUCUGAACAGAGCCAGAGGGAGGCGGUGAGUGCUGGCGUGUUGACGGUGCUCCUGCUACUCGUGCAGAGCGAUUGCACAGAAAGGGCGAAGAGAAAGGCGCAGCUGCUGCUGAAGUUGCUUCGGGAUUCGUGGCCGGAGGAUUCAGUUGGAAAUUCGGAUGAUUUUGUUUGCAGUGAAAUCGUACCAUUUUGAUUCUUCUUCUCGUUGAUGAUGAUGAUGAUUAUUGUUCUUAAUGAACCAAAAAAAAAAAAGGGGAAAUUGAGGUUUAGGUUGGUAAAUAGAGAUUGUAAUAUUUGUAUCUAACGAUUAAGCAAUUUUUUUUUUUGUUAAAAAGAAAAAAAAAACAACUUAAAAAGGGUUACUUUUUCACUUUA